AUGGCUAUCGUGAGAGAAUUCGAUAGAUCAUUCCAGUCCAAGUACCUGGCUGCGAAAGCAUUUCGACUUCCCUAUUGGGACUGCUUUCGCCCCCGCGACGUCAACGCAAAGUUUCCAGGUAUCAAGUUGAAAGGAAACCGCACAAGGCACGACUACGACUUUCGCAUGCCAGACAUUCUCAAUGUGAAGGAAGUCAUGGUCCGACUGCCUCCUUAUGAUAAAUUGGAAAUCCGGAACAAUCCCCUCUACAACUUCAAGUUCACUGACAGACAGAAUUUGGAUCAGGAUUGGGCCAGGGCUGGACUGAGGGGUAGAGCCUCGAUGAUGCUCGACAUUUUAAACCCCCAUUCCACUCGAUACCCGCGGCUUGGGGAUGUUGCCUCAGACUUAGUCCUGCGUGAGGGAGAUUUGACACAGACAAGACUUUCCAGGGGGACGUCGAGGAUAUUGCCCGGAGAAGGAGGUGGUAGACCCGCGAGUUAUGGCUCGAUUGAAGCUCUGCACGCUAACUAUCACACCCUCGUCGGCGGUGCCAAUGGUCAUAUGUCGAGUCCCUCGAUCGCAGCCUUCGAUCCUGUUUUCUGGCUUCAUCAUUGCAACGUCGACCGCAUCUUCGCCAUCUGGCAGGCUCUCCAUCCAAAGGCCUGGUUCCCGCCACCGGCCAGGGACUCAAGAGGCAGGCGCUUAAGGCCAGAGAAUGAAAAGGACUUAUUGCCUUUCUACAAAUUUAUGUGUGAGUUGGGCCCGAUAUACUACGAUUCCGACUGGUCCAGGAAUAUAGAGAAGUUCGGCUAUACAUAUCCCGACCUGGACCGCCUCAGCGACCCAGAUCGAUCUGGAGCAGAGUGUACUACAGACAUGAUGCCACUCAACCUCAACCGGGCCCAGGUUUUCCAGUACCCUGAGACGAAUUCGAGGACUGCUGCUACAGAGUCUCUUCAUCCUGUGACACGAAUCAUUUUCAAGCGAGUCGCGUCGUCCGCCCCAGACAGCCAAACAACAGAGCAGCUCGCCGCGCAAGACAGGGGCUUUAUGCCUGCCCCCGACAAUGAGAUCGAUCCCUACUUUGACCGGGAGUGGAACGCCUUCAACGGCCCCUUCAUCAUAUACUUCUUCCUCUGUCCCAAAUCAAGAUUCCCCGACAACCCGGCCGAGUACGCGGUCAGCCCUUACCUCGCCGGUAUCAACCACGUAUUCGCCGCGCCGCGCGAAGUCUGCGACAACUGCGGCCAACAAGAUGCCGCAGGGGUUUUGGCGUCCGACACGGUCCCGAUUACGCCGUUGCUACUCGGCUACAUGGUCAACGGAACGCUGGAGAGCAUGCGGGCCGAGCAUGUGUGCCCGUUCUUGGUGAAAUACUUGCGCUGGAGGGUCGUCUACAUCUCUUUCGUCGAGUAUGAGUGA